AUGCAUCGGGCCUCAGAUGUGAUACAGCCCGAUGAGGAAAAAGCCACUGCUCCCAAGCUCUUCCGCCAGGGUGACCGGACUCUGCCGAGCCUCACGCGCCCGGGACAGCCUCGUCUCCUUCCGCAGCUGGCCCGAGUCUUCUCUCCACACCAGCUGGGGUUGUUUCCUGUGGCUGCUGUCACAGGUUCCAGGGGUCACGACACGGGCACGUCUUUUAGGGGGCUACUCUUCGGUCCACAAUACCAACCACCAGCCAGAGGGAGCUUCCCGAAACUGGCCUUCACCCUGGGAGCGGUCGGUUGGAGAGCAGCGUCAUCCAAGUCCAGUCCCGUCACCUGUCCUUGGAACCUGAGAACGUCGCUCCGCUGUAACCCCUUCUUGCCCACCUCGCCCCCUCUCCUCCAACACCUCCCGGGCCUCCGAUCGCUCGCCGUCAGCGAGCCCAACCGCCUUCCUCUGGGUCCGCCUCCGGGUUUCCACUGCCCUCUUCCCUACUGCCCUUCUCAGCUCCGCAACUCGGAAGCCGUGGGUGUCCGGAGGCGGGAAGUCCAAGACCAGUGCGCCGGGACAGUUGGCUUCUGGGUCUGGCUCCUUACUUUAAAGUGUGACAGCCGACAGCUUCGAAGCCUCAUCCUCCCUGUCCCUUGUGCCCCACACAUGGGCCAGCUGAUGUCAAAACCUCCGGGCUCCCUUCCUCGGCAUCAGAGGGGAGUUCGCACCACCCACAGGAACCCCCGCCCCUGCUCUAGCUCCAAACACGACAGAGACACCCCCGCACCCCCUGCCCGGUCUCCUUUCCAUGUCCUCUCAAGUCGUCUUCUGACCACCUUGGGGACCUGCCGUGCGAUCCCAGGAAGCCUCAAUGUUUUUGAGUAAAAACCAGCUCUACAGAGAGAGAGAUUGAACAGCUCUGAACACCCAUGAGAUCUCGUGUGACCAAGUUGGACCCCAGAAGUGUGGAGAGUCGGCAUGAGGGUUAGAAAACCCACUCCAGCAAUAUGCAUGUACAAAUAGCUGCCACAGCUCCAGAGACAAAAAGUAGAUUCGUGGGUGCCAGGG